AUGUCAGGUAAAAAGGCAUUCUAUGCGCUAGUUGCUAACGGUGUGAGGUCAGCCCCAUUAUGGGACAAUACUAAGCAAGACUAUGUGGGAAUGUUAACAAUCUCAGAUUUCAUCAAUAUAUUGGUUUCAUAUUAUAAAUCACCGUUGGUACAAAUGGAAGAAGUAGAAGAACACAGAAUUGAAACUUGGAGAGAUUUGUCAAAGAACAAAUUGCCUUCUACUUUGAUCCAAAUUUCACCUUACCAAAGUUUAUACGAAGCCUGCGAAUAUCUAAUAAAGCACAAGAUUCAUCGCCUACCAGUAAUAGACCCUUCAUCUUCAAACUUCUUGUUUGUGAUAACACACAAAAGAAUCCUGCAUUAUCUACAUGAACAUUUCUCCAAAUUGGUCAUGCCGGAUUUUAUGUACAAGACGUUAGGAGAACUUAGUAUUGGAACAUUGUGUAAGAUCGCUACGAUCAAUCCAGAAACCCCGCUCAUUACAGCACUGAAUAUGUUUGCUGAAUAUAAAGUAUCUGCCUUGCCCAUUGUGGACAAAGAUGGCGUCGUCGUGGAUAUAUACGCACGAUUUGAUGUUAUAAAUUUGGCUGCGGAGAAAAGUUACAACAACUUGGACGUCCCAGUUAUUGAAGCGUUAAAACACAGGGCUGAGGGAUUCGAAGGUGUUCACCGAUGUCGACUGAACGAGCCGUUACACGUCGUGGUCGAAAGAAUUGUCAAAGCAGGCGUUCAUCGUCUUGUCGUGGUCGACAAAGAAGAUCAGGUUGUUGGUGUCAUGUCAUUGUCUGACCUUCUUCAAGUGCUGGUCUUACAUCCUCCAGGUGUAAUCAGUGCGACAAGUGAGGAUUUCAUGGUCAAGUGAUGCUAUCUC